CCUUACUCGGUCGUGCUGAAGGGAAGCGGACCUGGAAGUCUUUGUCUCCGGUGUGCGGCCGCGAUCCCUUGGAGGGGAUUGAACACCUGAGGCUCUGUUUUUUUUUUUUUUUUUUUUAAUCUGACGGUGAAGGGACAAGAGGUUCCGGCCUUUUCCAGUCUUGGCUGGAUUUGCUUGUAUUUUGUUCUUAGCCACUGCUCAUGUAAUGCACUCCCUUAACCAGGAAAUUAAAGCGUUCUCCCGGGAUAAUCUCAGGAAGCAAUGUACCAGGGUGACAACGCUAACUGGAAAGAAAAUUAUAGAAACAUGGAAAGAUGCCAGAAUUCAUGUUGUGGAAGAAGUAGAGCCGAGCAGUGGGGGUAGUUGUGGUUUUGUGCAGGAUCUUAGCUUGGACCUGCAUAUUGGUGUUAUUAAGCCAUGGUUGCUCCUGGGGUCACAAGAUGCUGCUCAUGAUCUGGAUACCCUGAAAAAGUACAAGGUGACUCAUAUUCUCAAUGUUGCAUAUGGAGUUGAAAAUGCUUUCCUUGGUGACUUUAUAUAUAAGAACAUUUCUAUAUUGGAUCUGCCUGAAACCAAUAUCCUGUCUUAUUUUCCAGAAUGUUUUGAAUUUAUUGAACAAGUGAAAAUGAAGGAUGGAGUGCUUCUUGUUCAUUGUAAUGCAGGAGUUUCCAGGGCUGCUGCAAUUGUAAUAGGUUUCCUGAUGAAUUCUGAAGAAAUUUCAUUUACAAGUGCUUUCUCUUUGGUGAAAAAUGCAAGGCCUUCCAUAUGUCCAAAUGCUGGCUUCAUGGAGCAGCUUCGUACAUACCAAGAGGGCAAAGAAAGCAAUAAGUGUGACAACAUACAGGAAUUAGAAAGGGGUGACAGUUCAUAA